AUGAAUACAUAUAGCUCAUUAAAGAGAUCUUUUGAUUCUUAAAUUUAGGGGAGAAAAAUCUAAGAACCAAACGUUGCCAUUACUAGCAAUAGAGCUAAAAAGAGUCCAAGAUUAUGUUCACCUGAAUAAACUCUUGACUAAUUUAUUGAACUCAAACCUCAACACAUCUAAUAAACACUAAAGAAGAAGAAGGUGAUCCAAGGACAAUAAGGGAAAUCAAAAUCGUAAAUAAAUACUGCAAAAAAAGGAUUUUUUCCAUCCUAAGAGAAGAAAUUGAAAAAAUCAAUUUAACAACAAACUAAAAAGAAAUCAAACACUUUAUUUUUAAGCAAUUCUACCAGUCCUUAAAAGUAAAUGAAUCCUAAAAAGCAUGCUUAAAUUAAUAAUAUUGGAGAGAUGCUAAUUAAAUAACAAAUAAAUAAAUAAAAUUUAUAAAAAGAUGUUAAAUAAUUACCAGAGAAGAAAAACUUGAAUAAUGUUGAAAAAAGGUAGCAAAGCAAGAAGGAAGACAUUUAACUUUAUAUAAAUUGCAAAAGAGCUUAGGAUACAAUCAAUUUGAAACACUAGGAGAUUUAAAUGCUCCUAGAAUAGAAGAAAAAAAUUGAGAAUUUAGUUAAAUUGGAUUAAUUGAGAAAGAAGAUUUUAUCAAAAUAAAAAACAAUAGAUGCAAGAAUAAAAUCACCAAAAAAAGGUAAAAAGAAACUGAAAAAAAAUAAGUAAAAAGAAUAUCCUGAUAAAAUAUUAAGUCCUGAAUAAGAAAAGCCUGGGAAACUAAUAGAUAAAUUAAUAAAAAGAUAAGAAUAGCAUACUAAGAUGCAGUAGAAUCAAUUCUAAUUAAAAUAUGAGCAACAAUAAAAUAAAUAAACUAAAAUUAAAAAACAUAUAGAUCUACCCUAAAAUGAAGAAGAGCAUUCCUUAUCAUACAUGUAACCUAAUGAUUAAAUAUUGCCUAACGAAGUAGAAGAAACAUUGAAUUAAUUCCCGCCAUCAAAUUAUUUAAAAGAACUAGUAAAGACUCUUAUUUCAAACAAUGAGGUGUUGUCUACUGCAAACUUAGCAUAACACGACUUUUAAUUAUUGGAAUUUUAUUACAUGCAAGCAGCUGCGACUAAGAUUUAAAGUGUUUGGAGAGGAUUUUAUUAAAGAAAAUUGAUACUCGAUAGUUAUCUAAGAUAUCUCGAAUAAGAAGAUUAGUUACAAUAAGAGAAUGGAUAAUAUUAAAACUCUUCAUUCUUAAAAGAAUCGAAUUAAUCUAGUUCCCCAAAGGUUGCUAAUCCUCCACAGAGUUAAAAUAAUUCAGAGCUUUAAUAUGAAGAAGAAGAAGAAGAAGAGGAUUCACAACGAAGAUAGUUGGAUGUCCAAUAAGCCAUUACAAAAAUAUUAAAAAAAUAAUAAGAUUCGCCAUAAAAUUAAUCUUCAUAAUCAUUUAGUCAAUAGCAGAGCGAUGAUCUAGUAGUUAUUAAUUAAGUGCCUAGAGGAUCUGAAAUUGAAGAUAAUGAUAAUGAAAUUAAAGAAAAUGGGGAUCUCUAAAAUAGUAUUCAUGAUCAUAAGAUAUCUAAAUAAGAGUCCAUUAUAUAAGAAAUUUAACAUCAAUUAAAUGAUUGGAACUUCAAUUUAGAAAACUUAAUAACUGAAAAUAGAAAAUCAUAUGCAAUUAAGACUCUAAAAGAAUAGAUGUAAUAAGCAAUUAUAACUAUUGUGCAAUCUCAAAUCUAAAAGUUUUAGGAAUAAUAAAGUAAAUAAUAGACUGAAACAGAGUAAUCAGUGGAUUUUAAAAUGAGAUUAUCAUAGGAAACUAAUACUGAAAAGAAUUUUAACGAUAUAAGAAAGAAAUUUAAAAGCGUGUAAGAGUAGAGUGAAGAAAGAUUACUUUAAUCCUCCAAAGAUUAAUCCACAGAUAUCAAUAGGUCAUCACUUUUAGCAUUAUAAUCUCAAUUAAUGAGAAGAGAGAUUGAAUUACUGAGUAUGAGGGAAGAAGCAAUUCAAUUAAGAUAUUAAGCAGAAAUCAAAAAAAAUGAGAAUGAUGAUAACAAGAAAUCAGAGCUGAAUUUAUGGUUAAAAAAGGAAUUGGAAGAUUUAUAGUAAACUAGAUAGGCCAUUGAGAUUAGUACAAAGAAGGAAGCAAGUGCAAUGAAAAAGAUAUAAAGAGACUUGAUAAUUGCUUAAUCUUUUGAUGAAAACAAUUCAAAACUUUAGAGUCUAAGAAAAAGAGUAGAUGAAUAACUAAGUAAUCUAAAAUAAUCUAAGUAAAGCAUAUCUGACAUAAAAUUGAUUAAUAAUUUUUGUAUACCAAAUGAAAAUGAACUUGAGAAAUUAGCAGAAACGUAAUCAGAAGAUUUCAAUUAUGAAGAAUAAUUUCAAUAAAAAUAAUUCCUAAAGGACAACUUUAUUGAGUCAUAUGAAACAAUUGAAAAGUCAGCUAAAGUGAAUUUAGUUGUUAGUGAUCUGGUUCUAGAUUUACUAUAAGAAAUGACUGAAGAAUUAUUUUUAAGUGAAAAUAAAUUUGACAUUCUUAUAUAGACUUUGAUAAGGUAAUCGAUAAUUCCUUAAAUACCAACUUCUAUUAUAGAAAUUCGUUAUUAUAUCCAUAAUCUAUUUGAUUACAUAUUACCUUAACACUAUUAUGAGAUCAUUAAGAACAUAAACUUGCCUUAUGGAUUCUCACCAUAGAAGCGUCUAUAAUUUAUUCAUGGCUACAUGGAAUAAGAUGAAUCUCAGUACAAUGAAUUUUUGACAUUUGUUUUAAAAGAAGAAUAUUUCUUAGAAUAUGAAUAAUAUAGAUUAUAAUAAAAUGAGGCUGAAAAUGAAGAUAGUGUUACACAAGCUUUGAAAGAAUUGGAACAUAUACAUAAUAGAGCAAUUUUUGAUGCAUGCAAUGAAGCUCUAAAUUUUUAAAGGCCAUAUUAUUGCAAUAGUGGAUCACCUUAUCCUUGGGAAGGAAAAAUCGGUCAUAAAGUUAUAAAUGAUAAUGAUUUGAGUGAGAUUUUUAAGAAUAUGGAACUCAAAGUUGUUUAAUGGGCUAAUUCCCUUUGUGGACUUUUGCCUGUUGAGGAGGAGAUUGCUGUAUCCAAAGAAAAGUAAGUCAUUUUAGAUGAGAAAAAUUAACAAAUAAUGCUUCAACAGAUGCAAUACUAGGACAAUCCUGAGUUGAUGGACCAAGAUUAUCAAUAGGAUCCGAUCUCAUAAAUCAGAGAACAAAGACUGUAUAAAGCUCUUAUUCAAGAUUUUAAGGAUUUAGAAUACAGAUGGAAUCAAGAUUAGGAUGACAAGGCUGAAUUGUUGAUGGAAAUUGGAGAUUUGAUCUUUGAGUAAUGUAUAGAGGAGUUUUUAAUAGAGUCAGUUGUUUUGUGA